AUGGCGGAAAAACGUUUUACCCAUCUACUGGUGGUGUGGCUUCAGAGGAGGGGAAUAUCUGAUCCAGAGGAUUUUGAUGACAAAAUAUGGAAGGAUAUGAAGCAGCGAGUGCAUGAAUUUAUUAAAUAUAUACGAGAAGAUUUUGACGAGGUGACGUACGCACAAUCAUGCGAGGACACUGGGUGGGAGAAUAAGAAAUUGAAGGGUCAAACACCGGCGGAUAGACUCCAAUGUAAACUUAUGGUCGCAACAUUGUACUUCAUGAACGAAUGGGGUGUUACAGGGGGGGGGGAACAAUGCGGGAGUACCAGUGAUAAGGAAUUAUGCAUUAUGAUGAAAUGCUUGAUAGGGAACAUCUUUAGAUACAUGUUACAGGAAGCCAAUUGUGGAAAAGAGAGAGGUAUAAAUUAUGCCCUAACAGCAGUGAAGGCCGCGGAAGAGGCUUUUGGAGGUAAUGUAAGUACGGAUACGUGUAAUUUGGGUGACUUAGAUGGACUAAUUGUGGGACGGAACGAGAUACGAUCGACAGUUAAGAAGUGGUUACAGGAGAAUACGCACAUGCAAAGGAAAAUGAUGGAAAUCAUGGGGAGUGGCCACUGCAAGCGCGGGAAAAGUACGGAACAGAUUACAGCACACGAUACGAACACGCGGAAUAGGGUAAACCAGAACACGGAGGAUCCACAGGUCAUAGGGAAUGUAUUGGGGGAAGGACUGCACGAUUUAAUAGACAAAGUAGGGGAAACAGUUCAGGAAAAAGUGCUUCAAAAGGAUCUCCAGAUAAAGCACACAGAAAACACGAAGAAGGUGGGCGCCAGGACCCCACAUUCCGAAUCUGCAGCCAGCCCAACUGACGACAGUGCAGACGAGGAGGAAGAAGACGACGAUGAGGACGACGAUGCGGAUGACGAUGAAGAGCAGGAUACGAAUGAGGAAGCCAAGAAGAAACACGAGGACGGCAAGAAGUCCACGGACGGCAGUACUAAGGACAAAAGUAGUGAGAACGCGCAACUACCGGCGGCGACAACACCAGCGACGCCGAAACCGGUAGCAGGAGGCACACCAGGACAGGGAACAGGAACAGGAGGAGACGUAGCAAGGAAGGACGAUGACGAACAACCUCCAGCAAGACCACCACCACCUCCUCCACCAAGGACACCAGACGGUGACGGGACAGGAUCAAAGGGAGAAAAAGGAGCAAAGGGGGAAACAGGACCAUCAGGACCGCCUGGAGAACAAGGUAAGAAAACAGUGGCCACAAAUGGAGAAGCCAAGGACCCGAUAGAACAAUGUGUGAAUGAACUUGAUCCUGAUAAAUUUGAGGCCUGUAUGGGGAUACAUAAGGAACCCAACAACAGCGACCCCGUGGGAGAUGCCGUCGUCCAUGGCGGCAACGAUGACCCCCCUCCUCUGAAUCCACCCAAACCCAAACCUAACCCGAACCCAAAUCAAUCGGGUAGUAGUGGCGGCACCAGCGGCGCAUCAGAUCAACCGGGUUCCUCUGGUACUGGCUCCACGGCGGCCGUACACCCUGGUUCCUCCGGUACUGGCGCCACGGGCCCUGCGAAUUCAGCUUCCUCAUCUAAGACCUUCACAAGUCUUGCUUGCCAAGCCUCUGGUACUUAUGACGGUAUGUCCUCAUGCGAUCUAAGAUUGUCCCUGAAUGCCUUCGACGGAGGACAGGCUCUGUCUGGGUCAUAUGGACUAUGGACAUCGAGCGAUGUAUUAGAUGGCCGACCGGCACAACCGGGUCAUUCAGGCGGUCCAUCUGAGGAUGGUGGCGGUCCACAUGGACCCGACCUAACGAACGACGUCCUUACCGCCACUACUCCCAUCCUGUUUUUUCUCACUUUCGUCACCGUCGCCCUUCUUGGUUAUUCCCUUUGGAAAUAUUUUGCCUACUUCGCCCAACGACGACGAACGUAUCGAGCAGUGCGUGACGUGCCGUCACCGCCACUCGACGAAGAAAUAUUGCAACAUCUACAACGCGGCGAGCCACCACCCGAUUACGGGUACACCGUGGUUAGGGAUAGGCAACCCGCGUCAAUACCUGGUACAAAACGCCCCCCACGCGUGCAUAAACGCACCAUCAUCGAGCUACACUUAGAAGUGCUCAACGAAUGUGACGCGACCGCAUGGGAAAACGUCAAAGACCACUAUUUGCAGAUACUUGUGGAGGAGUUUGCGCGCGACUUGCAGCAGGACGCAAAGGGGCACAGUAGUUUCCCGGAUGCUCCUACCACAAACCAGGAUUUAUUAGGAAACAAUGUUUCCUCCACCGUGGAUCCACCCACUGACACCGCUGUAACGGAUCCAUGUCCACCACAUGACCCCGAUCCAUGGAGUUGUAUGGAAGCCAUACAGUUAGCAACGGAACCUUGUCCACCUAAUGAAGAUGACCCCGAUCCAUGGAAGUGUAUGGAAACUAUACAGUUAGAUGCAGAACAAAUUCGUCCUUCUCGAAUUCCUGAGAAUGCUAAUUCGAGAAUAAUAUUCACGAUAAAGAAUGGUAUGUGGAUAAUUUUAUGUAAAAUAUUUGAAAUUCUAUAUGAUCUUUGUUUACUUAACAUAUUAUUCUCAAAGGAUCCCCUUCAGGGCAUAAUAUAUCCAUCACCGGAAUAG